AAAAAAUUCAAAGCGGGUUUGGAGGGAUCUGCUUUGACCACCUAAAGAGAUGUAGUGACCAUCAAUGUAGGAGUUUAAUAAAAGAGCUUUUGAGAAAGUGUGGUGGAAUCUGUAAAUAUACACAUGCUCUAGUGCUGAUAGUUUAUGCUAAUUACUGGUCAUCAGGGUCACAUGACGAGUUGGGGAAAAAAACUUAAAGACCCCUGGGCCCACUCCCAGAUAGUUGCAUUUAGCAGGUCCAGAGUGGGUCAGGGGAGAAGUCUUGCUAGACAAACCAGCAAGGUUUGGAAGCGGUAGGACCACGUCACCAUCAUGAAUUAAAUCUUUCUUUGUAAUAUUGCUCCUUCCUUGUGUUAGUCCCUGUACCAUUGACCCGCUUAUUGUCCCAUUGACUGGGUCUUAGAUGACUCUUCUAGGCCUUGGAAUAUCUAGUCCACGCUGGACACAGAACACGUGCUUUGCAAAUGCUGCAGGAACACGUGAGUCAGAGGCGAAUAGGACUUUUGAGAGAAUUUUCCUCAGUUUCCUGCUACAGAGUUAGGCCCGGAGUGGGGAAGAGGUCGCCCGCCCAGUGAAGAACUAAAGUGAUGGCCCAGAUAGUGGCGGAAGUGGGCCUCGAAAGUGGAUUUCUGGAUGCUUUCUCAGUCUCUUGCUAUCCCAGGAACACAUAGCCUUGAUUUUAAGAGUGACUUUUGCAGGAUGGUGGAAGGAAGUCCCAGGCUGCAGCCCCGCGGAGGGGAGGGGUGUGGUGUGCGUCUGGGUUUUGAAAGGAAGGGCUCAGCGCAGUUCCACCCAGCUGUGCUUCCAUGAGCCGCUAGAGCAUAGCCUCCCUGCAAAACCACCGACCUAGCAAUUGCAAAAAUAUCUCAGGGACGGGAGUGUUGAAUAGCUAGGGAGGUAAAGAAUACAGGAAAUGCCAAGUUGCGGUUUGGGGAUUUUUUUGGUUUGUUUGUUAUUUGCUUGUUUUGCUCAGUUUCCCCCUUACUACCAGUGGCCUCAGUAGCUCUGGUAGAAAUGAUUUUCUAGUAGCCUUGGAGGAAAAUAAUGUAACGUUUGCCCAGCGACCUGGGGGGAGAAGAGCGCUGAUAGGUGCCGGAGAGGAGGGUUCAUUCCUUUGAGGACCCUGUGUGACGUUCCCCUGAGAUACUGAUGCCUAGCCGUUCGUUGAUAAGAAAACCGAAGAAGGUGGAGGGGAGUUCUCAGGCGAGUCGGGAUGAAACAGAAACAUGGUGGUCCGGAGCCUUGCGCACCAGAACGCCAGCUGACCCAGGGAGCCCAGUAUCUCCAGAUGAAAUGGCCACUGCUUGAUGUCCAGGCGGGGACCCUCCAGAGCAGACAAGCCCUCAAGGAUGCCCGCUCUCCGUCACCGGCACACAUUGUCCAGUGCCCCCUCCCUUGCUGCACUCAGGGACAUGACUGUCAGCACCUCUACCCCCCCUCAGACUUCACUGUCAGCACUCAAGUCUUCAGGGACAUGAAAAGGAGCCACUCCCUACAAAAGGUUGGGGAGCCCUGGUGUUUGGAGUCGAACAAAGUACCGGUUGUGCAACACCCUCACCAUGUCCACCCUCUCACGCCGCUCAUCACGUACAGCAACGAACACUUCACCCCGGGAAACCCACCUCCACACUUACCAGCCGACGUAGACCCCAAAACAGGAAUCCCACGGCCUCCGCACCCUCCAGAUAUAUCUCCGUAUUACCCACUAUCGCCCGGCACCGUAGGACAAAUCCCCCAUCCGCUAGGAUGGUUAGUACCACAGCAAGGUCAGCCCGUGUACCCAAUCACGACAGGAGGAUUCCGUCACCCCUACCCCACGGCUCUGACUGUCAACGCCUCCAUGUCUAGCUUCCUGUCUUCCAGGUUCCCUCCCCAUAUGGUCCCACCACAUCACACUCUACACACGACCGGCAUCCCCCACCCGGCCAUAGUAACGCCAACCGUCAAACAGGAAUCCUCCCAGAGUGACGUCGGCUCACUCCAUAGCUCAAAGCAUCAGGACUCCAAAAAGGAAGAAGAAAAGAAGAAGCCCCACAUAAAGAAACCUCUUAACGCGUUCAUGUUGUAUAUGAAGGAAAUGAGGGCCAAGGUCGUGGCCGAGUGCACGUUGAAAGAAAGUGCCGCCAUCAACCAGAUCCUGGGGCGAAGGUGGCACGCGCUGUCCAGAGAAGAGCAAGCGAAAUACUACGAGCUGGCCCGGAAGGAGCGACAGCUUCACAUGCAGCUGUACCCUGGCUGGUCUGCGCGGGAUAACUAUGGGAAGAAGAAGAAGAGGAAAAGGGACAAGCAGCCAGGAGAGACCAAUGAACACAGCGAAUGUUUCCUAAAUCCUUGCCUUUCACUUCCUCCGAUUACAGACCUGAGCGCUCCUAAGAAAUGCCGAGCGCGCUUUGGCCUUGAUCAACAGAAUAACUGGUGCGGCCCUUGCAGGAGAAAAAAAAAGUGCGUUCGCUACAUACAAGGUGAAGGCAGCUGCCUCAGUCCACCCUCUUCAGAUGGAAGCUUACUAGACUCGCCUCCUCCCUCCCCCAACCUGCUAGGCUCCCCUCCCCAAGACGCCAAGUCACAGACUGAGCAGACCCAGCCUCUCUCGCUGUCCCUGAAGCCCGACCCCCUGGCCCACCUGCCCAUGAUGCCGCCGCCGCCCGCCCUCCUGCUUGCCGAGGCCGCCCACGGCAAGGCCCCCGCCCUCUGUCCCAACGGGGCCCUGGACCUGCCCCCCGCCGCCCUGCAGCCGCCCGUCCUGUCCGCCUCGUCUCUGGCGCAGCCGUCGACAUCUUCCUUACAUUCCCACAGCGCCGUGGCCGUGGCCGUGGCCGGGACGCAGCCCCAGCCGCUGUCCCUCGUGACCAAGUCUUUAGAAUAGCUUUAGCCUCGUCAGCCCCGGUUGGUUUGCGUAGUGUUGCGUUCCGCUUCUGUCCACCCCCCCCCUCGCCCCCCAGCACCCCCCCCAGCACCUCCCUCCCCCCCCCCCCCGAAAGGUUUCGUUUUGUACUCUUUUAAUUUUGUGCCACGUGGCUACAUUAGUUGAUGUUUAUGGAGUUCAUUGGUCAAUAUUUGACCCAUUCUUAUUUCAAUUCCUCCUUUUAAAUAUGUAGAUGAGAGAAGAACCUCAUGAUUCUACCAAAAUUUUUAUCAACAGCUGUUUAAAGUCUUUGUAGCGUUUAAAAAAUAUAUAUAUAUACAUAACUGUUAUGUAGUUCGGAUAGCUUAGUUUUAAAAGACUGAUUAAAAAACAAAAAGGAAAAAAAAAAAGAAGCAAUUUUGAAGCAGCCCUCCAGAAGGAGUUGGUUCUGUAUUAUUUGUAUUAAAUACGAGCUUGCGAACCAAUCAUUUUACAUCUGGUUUUUAAACCAUAAGGGCACGAGGAAUGCAGUGCCGUUACUCUUUUUUUUUUCUCUGUGUGAAACAACUUUAAUUGUGAUGUUACUUGUUAUUGUUUAAAUGUACAGAAACAAAGGGUUAAAUGUGUUAAUAUACCUUGUUCCAUGGUGUUGUUCUUUUGGGGGGAGGGGGAUGCUACUCAACCAUUAAUGGAAUCACAACGCUGUUGGACCAGUAGUAUUUAUUGCUUUAGAGAUUGCUCGUCGAACCUGUAUGUCGUCCCUUUUAAAAUAUGUUUUCCUUUUUCUUGAAACUGUAUAAAGUUUUUUUCCCCUUAGCAUAAGCAUCUUAUAUAUAACAACUCAUUUGUACAAGGUUUUUAAGUUUAUAUAUAAAAUGUGUAUAUAUAUUUUUUUGUUUCUCUUUUUGACUUUUUUUUUUUUUUUUUUUUUGGCUGUAUGAAACCCAGAUGCCGCCAAACGGACAUUAAUAGUUGCAUUUAAGGAUCAGUAGCAUUAACGAAAGUUGCUUUAAAAGCCAUUAUGUAAAACAAGACUUGAAAAUUAGUGAGGGAAUUUUAGCGGACGCUGUCUGAGCAGCAGCGGGAACCACCCUGUUUCUCCUUUGAACCCACAGUCGCCAGCUCUGUGCCCUUAGGACGUGGCCCGACUGUGUGCAAAACUUUAUGUGCCAAAAUUCUCAGUGACUUUAGCUUUCUCCCUCUUUUCGAUGCUGUAAUUUUUGUUCAUCAUGUUUUGCUGUGAUGUUACAUAGGUAGAUUUGUAUGUAGUUUUAAUGUCACCUAUAACAAGACGUGUUUGGUAGCAGAUUGUCCAGAAAGCAUUUUAAAUGAAGAGGUAUCAAACCCUUAGGGGCCAAAAUUCUGUAUAUUAGAUUACUCUUAAAGGAAAAACCAGCUGCCGCUUUUAUGUACACGUAUUCCAUACGAGUAGGUGGCAAACUUUAAAAAUAAGAAAAACCCUAGGCAUGUUGAUGUUGCAAAAUGCUGUAUAAAGCUGACACCUGUUCACUCAGUGCCAUUGUAGUUGACAUGAAGCGAUUGUAAGACUGUCUCCGAUUUUUCUCUGGUUUAUUAAAAUGCUAACUAUAACAUUUUUUGUGAAUACUUUGAAUGUUUCCUAACAGUUGUGAUGUUACCGUUCCGUUUUAUGCUCUUAUUCCAAUUUCAUUUUUAAUGGUUUGGAAGCCAUUUUUGUAAUGAAUAAAUGUUCAUGCUGUACAAUAUCUGUAGCAUGCCGUUCUGGAUUAAUAAAAGCAACUUAGUAUGUGCA